AUUCAGCAGAAACUCUCCAUCAGACUCUUGGAGAAUAAAGAGCCCAGCGCUCACAUCUUCCCUCUCUCUCUCUCUCUCUCUCUGUGUGUGUGCGUGUGUGUGAGUGUGUGUGCGCGAGCGUCCGGAUGGAGGGAGACGGAGGAGUGCAGCUCACACAGAGUCCUGACUCUCUGACGGAGGAGGACGUGUGUGUGAUCCAGGACACGUGGAAACCGGUGUACGCCGAGCGAGAUAAUGCUGGAGUGGCUGUGCUGGUCAGGUUUUUCACAAACUUCCCAUCGGCGAAGCAGUACUUCGAGCAUUUCCGUGAGCUGCAGGACCCGGCGGAGAUGCAGCAGAACGCGCAGCUGAAGAAACACGGACAGCGAGUCUUGAACGCUCUCAACACACUGGUGGAAAACCUGCGAGAUGCUGACAAACUCAACACCAUCUUCAACCAGAUGGGCAAAUCACACGCGCUGCGCCACAAGGUGGACCCUGUUUACUUCAAAAUUCUGGCCGGAGUGAUCCUGGAGGUGCUGGUGGAGGCUUUCCCACAAUGCUUCAGUCCAGCAGAAGUGCAGAGCUCCUGGUCGAAGCUGAUGGGGAUCCUGUACUGGCAGAUGAACCGUGUGUACGCUGAGGUCGGCUGGGAGAACAGCAAAAAGUGAAAACAACAACAACAACACACACAUGCAUCACUACACUGUAAACAAAUAUCCAUAAAUGAGCAGUUUGACAUAUUUUGUGAUUCAGGUUUUAAUUUUCCCUCAUUUUGAAGUGCUUUAUGGGACCUUUUAACCUGGAAAAGUUGGAAAAGGUGACUUUUAUGAACAUUUUUAAUAGGGAUAUAUUGUCUAUAUCAGUGGUCACCAAACUUGUUCCUGGAGGGCUGGUGUCCUGCACAUUUUAGCUCCAACCCUAAUCAAACACACCUGAACAAGCUAAUCAAGGUCUUGCUAGGUAUACUUGAAACAUCCAGGCAGGUGUGUUGAGGCAAGCUGGAGCUAAACCCUGCAGGGACACCGGCCCACCAGGACCGAGAUUGGUGACCCCUGGUCUAUAUUAUGCUACAAACAGCUUGUAAUAAACUCCCAUCGCAUUUCCUGUUAUUUUACAGACUUAUUUCUCUGUGUAUUAUCUCUUAUUCAUUAUAUUAUUAUUUCAAAUGACUCAAAUGUCAAUAAAAUUCACUUUGAGAAACUGUAGAGUUGAAUUAUCAGCAUCAAAAGUGGACAGAGCAGAGAUCAACAUCCCAUAAUGCAAUUCACAACCGUAAAUACACAGAAAACACAGAAACUGUUCAUUAACUGAUAUUUAUUACAGUGUACACUGCAAAAGACGACAUUUUAGUCUCGUUUCUAAUCGAAACAUCCCAAAAUUCUUCAAUCGAGAAGCAUUUUUUGGACAAGUAAUAAAUAGUUUUUUAAAACAGGCUAAAUGUUAUGCUAGCAGGGUGAGUCAGCUACACUUGGGUCACACUUUAUUUUAAUGUAGCCUAAGUUUCACACAAUUAAAAAGUCACUGCUCGCUGCAGAGCCACUUGAGCUCCAGCGAGGAGGAGCUUGAGCUCCAACUCCUCCUCCUAUAAGCUCUUUAAUGCGUACACUAACCCCAACCCCAAGUGACAUCACUUGUAGAACAAGCACAAGGAAGGAGGAGCUAGAGAUUAAGCUCCCCCUUGCUGGAGCUCAGGUCUGCCCAAGUGGCUCUGCAGUGAGCACCACUUAACAAGCCAUUAAUUAAGGCUUUGUACAAACUUUCAACUGAAAGCGAUCAUAGAGAACACAAGAAAAAAUGAGCAAAACAAACAAAAUAACUUGUAAAAAUAACUAAUUUUGGCCUAGAAACUAGUCAUUAGUCACUUUCCGUCUGGUUUAUUUCUCAAUAUAAUUACAGCAGACUUAAGCUUUCAUUCAUUCAUUUUCUUUUUCGGCUUAGUUUCUUUAUUAAUCUGGGGUGGCCACAGCGGAAUGAACCGCCAACUCAUCCAGAAUAUGUUUUACGCAGCGGAUGCCCUUCCAGCUGCAACCCAUCUCUGGGAAACAUCCAUACACACUCAUACACUACGGAUAAUUUAGCCUACCCAAUUCACCUGUACCACAUGUCUUUGGACUGUGCGGUAAACCAGAGCACCCGGAGGAAACCCAUGCGAACGUGGGGAGAACAUGCAAACUCCACACAGAAACGGCAACUGAGCCAGACGAAGCUCGAACCAGUGACCUUCUUGCUGUGAGGCGACAGCACUACCUACUGCGCCACUGCAUUGCCAGAAAAAUCAUCAAAACCUUUUUUUUCUUUUUUUUCUUUUUGAGCGAAAUGUUAACGAAAUGCUGAAAAAUUAGCAAAACAAACAAAAUAACUCUUAAAAAUGAUACAUUUUGGCCUAGAAACUAAUUUUGGCCUAGAAACUAGUCAUUUGUCAUUUUUUGUCUGGUUUAUUUCACGAUGUAACUACAGCAGACUCAAGCUUUAAAUAGAAAAUUCAUCAAAAACGUUUUUUUCUUUUUUUUUCUUUUUAGUGAAAUGCUAACGGUCUAAUCAAAUUCAAUUCAUUGUGCUAAGCUAAGCUAAAAGUGACCCCACCAAAACAAGAAAUCAGCUGAAUGGAUUCAAAAACAGUUUAAGUCAACAGUUUAACUCGUAAAAUUAGCUUUAAAAAAAUAGAGUAGGGCGUCACGGUAGAGCAGUGGGUAGCACAAUCACCUCACAGCAAGAAGGUCGCUGGUUCAAGUCCCAGCUGGGCCACUUAGCAUUUCUGUAGAGUUUGCAUGUUCUUCCAGGAAAACCACCAGUCAAAACACAUGUGGUACAGGUGAAUUAAAUAGGCUAAAUUGACCGUAGUGAAUGUGUGUGAAUGUAUGGUUGUAUCCCAGUGUUGGUUUGUAGCUGGAAGGGCAUCCGCUGUGUAAAACAUAUGCUAGUUCAUUCUGCCCUGGUGAUGAUUCCCUGAUUAAUAAAGGGACUGAGCCAAAAAGAAAAUUAAUGAAAGGUAGCGUGUUGCAUGAGCAUCGAACUAAAAAAAAAUGUGAACAUGACCUUAAAUAAACCGACCGAUUGAGCGAAAUGCUAACGGUCUAAUCAGAUUCAAUUCAUUGUGCUAAGCUAAGCUAAAAGUGACCCCACCAGAACAAGAAAUCAACUGAAUGGAUUUAAAAACAGUUCAAGUCAAAGUAGAGUGUUGCAUGAGCAUAUAAUAAAAUGUGAACAUGACCAUAAAUAAACUGACCAACAGAGGUUACACAAACAAAGCUAGACAAGAAACAAAGGCAACAUGUAUAGAAACACUAGAGAUCACAUGAAAGCCAAUUAGAAACAAGACACACGACAAAGACAACCAAUGAAGAGCAAGACACAUGGCUAAAUUAACUAAUGACAACAUGACACAAGGAGCAAUGGCGGAAAAAACAACGCAGCAAACAGGAAGACAAGACUAAACUACAAAAUAAAAGACAACAUUGAAUGUUUAUGGCCAUUGUAUAAAAUACAACAAAAUUUGUGUUUGAUUUUUUUUGUCUAAAACAGCAAGAAUGGAUGAGUAAUGAAAUAAUAAAAAAAACAUAAAAAAAUAAGUAAAAAAAUAACAGAAAUAAUAAUAAUGAUAACAAAAAUGGUAAAAGUAAAUAAAACUAAAAUAUUGUACAAACAGUAGAAAACACAGCACAGACUAGCUCAAACAACUGAUUAGCUGCUUAAUAGGGUUUAGGUUUGGGUAUUGGGUAGGAUUAGGGAUGUAGAAUAAAAUUAUACUUUAUAAGCACUGAUAAGCAGUUCAUAUCUUAAUAAUAAGCCAGUAAUUAAUGGUUUAAAUGGCUAAUUAAUCUAAAAUGUUACCUAAAAGUGUUUAUUUAAGUUGAUUUUACUCAUCGGCAGGAUAUUUUUGCUUGUUUUAAAAAAAGUAAACUCAUUUAAAUUGCACAUUAUUUGGACACAAGUCUAGAAAAUGCUUCUUGAUUUAUGCAUUUUAAGAUAUUUGGACUAUAAAUGAGACGAAAACCAGUGUAUAUAAGAUUUACACCAAAGAUAGGAUUCAUUUCCAAUCAUUCAAAUAUUGAUACAAGCGAAAGAAGAUGAUGAUGAUGGCAAACAGAAAAUAAAUACACGUUAUAUAAUCAUGAAAUGAUAUCUGAUGAUGCUUCUAUGAACACUGCCUAUUUUUUCAGACUGUUAUUCAGCUCGGAUCGUAAACACUGGCAUAAAUCAGAGCCCAAAUCUGCAGCUCUCACAGUCCAUCCGCCAUUAAAUAUUUACACAUACUCCAGAUAAAGCACGGCCUCGUACACAAAACACGGCCGACAUCCCAUACAAAAAUGCGCAUCUGUGAUAAAAGAGCUGGAGAUAAAAAUCCAGCCGUCGUUUCUGAAAGAGACCAGAGCUUUUCCUCCUAAAAACUAAUCAAGACUGUUUCUGCGCUACUAAAGCAGAUCCAAUGAUUGCUUUUGUUUUUGUAAUUAAUCGAAUGUUUUAUACAUGUGAAAUAAUCACCGGUUCAGAAAUAAACUCUCUGAAAUGUUACGUAUUGAAUCUCAGAGUCUCGCAUUUUUCUUUGUCUCUUAAUUUUUUAUUAAAUAUACUUUAUAAUCUACAAAAUGCAGACGCUAUAAUGUCAUAAAGAGGAAUAGCAUCAUAUUUGUGCAUACACAUUAGAUGAGUCAGUACUGAAGCCAAAUCUGGAGCUAAUCUAAGAAAAAAUAUCCAAAAAUGAGUAGCCCAAAUUUAUAUAUUGGGCAAAAAUAUUACAUAAAAAUUUGAUAAAAGAAUAAAAAUCAAGAAAAACUAGAGAACAUAUACCAUUUUGUUGUUUGUAAAGAAGUUUUGGCAAUAUUUUGCAGGAAUUUAAAUGCAUUAUUUUUCUUAUUUCUAAAGAUAUUCAGUCACUAAAAUAUUAUUUUAUUAUUAUUGUCUGAAUAAUAAAUCUGUUUUGUUUAGAUGCAGCAAAAUAUAUGACCUAUAAUCACUGACAAAUGGAUCAAAAUAUUAAUUUUCACAAUGGGGUGUACUCAUUUAUGCUGAGCAGUCAAAAACAUUAUGUUUUGUUGUGGGCCAGCCAGAGUCCUGAAGUAAACCCAAUUAAGAAUCUGUAGAGGGCGCUAAAGAGAGCUUUUCCUCCUAAAACUAAUCAAGACUGUUUCUGCGCUACUAAAGCAGAUCCAAUGUUUGAUUUUGUUUUUGUAAUUAAUCAAAUGUUUUAUACAUGUGAAAUAAUCACCGGUUCAGAAAUAAACUCUCUGAAAUGUU